AUGCCAGCGCUCGACUAUCAGAGAAGUGGUCGUUUUGACGCAUUCGCCGUCUCGCCUACAGCAGAGUAUCCAGCGCUUGACCCGCUGGAAGUGCUUUGUAAUGCUGCAGCCGUUUCGCGAACGGAGACGAGGGCUCUCGAUAUGCCAUCUGCACCACUGACCUGUUUUGUGAUGGUCAUGGCCGCCAAUCAGGAGAAGGGCGACAGUGAAGAGCAUUUCCGCGGCGAGCACCUUGCCUGA